AUGAAAUUGUCAUGGUUUCCGGUGAUUGUCCUCUUAGUCAUAAACGUUGGUUCAUUUUUGCUAUUCCUCAAGGGGUUUUUCCCCUCCAAAAGGAUUCUUGAUGGGUUUAGCGAUGUGCUGCUACUUGGAUCUCAGAGGCCCAUGUUCGAUAAAGUCGUGGUUAUGGUGAUAGAUGCUCUUCGAUCUGACUUUUUAUUCAGUAAAUCGGAUUCAAAGUUCACUUUUGUACAUGAAUUGAUUGAGUCCAACAAGGCAAUACCGUUCACGGCUUUUUCUAACCCUCCCACUGUCACUUUGCCUAGAUUAAAAGGCAUUACCUUGGGGUCCACUCCUAAUUUUCUAGAUGCAAUUCUUAAUAUUGCCGACGAUAAGGAUAAAUCCCAAGGUCUAUUGAAUCAAGACAAUUGGCUUCAUCAGUUCAAGUAUUCUCUGAAUUCUCCCAAGACCAUCAAUUUCUAUGGCGAUGAUACCUGGCUCAAGUUGUUUCCUGACUUUUUCAACUCCACAGAUGGUACUAACUCCUUCUUCGUUAGCGACUUUUAUGAAGUGGACAAUAAUGUCACGAGACAUUUGGAUAAUGAAUUAGCUUCUGAAGCUAACUGGGAUGGGUUGAUUCUCCAUUAUUUGGGAUUGGAUCAUAUUGGACAUAAAACUGGACCCGACUCUAAAUUUAUGAAAUUGAAACAAGAAGAAAUGGAUAAGAUUAUUGAGAGAAUAUACACAUUUCUUAGCGAGUCCUCCAAUCAUAAGAAUACACUAUUCCUUGUAAUGGGAGAUCAUGGAAUGAACGAAAUUGGUAAUCAUGGUGGAUCUUCGAGUGGAGAAACAAGUGCAGCUUUAUUGUUUGUUUCGCCCAAGUUUGAACAGCUCAAGUUGAACUUGAAGGCUCCUCUUCCCCCAAAUAAUGACUAUAAUUACUACCAGAAAGUUAACCAAAUUGAUAUUAUUCCCACCCUUUCCUUAUUGUUGAACAUCCCCAUUGCGAAGAAUAAUUUGGGGAUCAUUAUAAGACAAUUUUUGGACCUUUUCCCUUCGAAACUUCAUCAUAGUAUUCUUUUGCAUAAUUGCAAACAAUUCUUAGAUCUCUUUCACUUGAAUAAUAGAGAUCAUAGCUUGAAUUCUGAGUUUCAUGGGUUAAGCACAACGGAAGAUGAUUAUAUCUUCUUGAGAAAAGUACAGGACAUUAUGUUCGAAACUGCCUCCAACUAUAAUUACUCAAAUUUGUAUUUAUCACUUUUUGGGUCUUUUAUAUGUACGUUGGCUAUCUUGGCUUACUUUAAUUAUGGAUUUUUGAGUAAGACCACGUUGGUUUUUCAAACCGCUAUGGUUCUUUAUUCGUUCCACUUCCAUGGAUCAUCUUUAGUCGAGGAGGAGCAUCAUUUGUGGUGGUUAUUGAAUUUGGGUUUUUUGGGUUAUCUUUUCAAGAUCCAAAAUUUUGAAUUACCCGCUAACUUUCUUAUUGUCUUAACAGCCUUGAGGGUGAUAAAGGCAUGGUCCAACACUGGCCAAAAAUUCAAUAAUUAUUACGUAUUGACCAACUUGCUUUUAGAAAAUCCUCCGCUUUUAUGGUUUUUGGUUGGUUUAACAUACUUAGUCUGCGGUUCUUUAAUCUACUUCCAAGGUUCCAUAAGGCACUGUUUCAACUUUCUGAUAUCGUCAAACUCUUAUGAUGUUUCUUAUUUGAAUAACGAUGUUAAUAAUGGAAUCACCUUUGUUAGUUUAAGUAUCCUCGCUACUAUGUCAUUCUCGUUCAAACUACUACAAGGGUAUAUGGAUGGAUAUGAUAUACCUGAGUGGUUGGAAACUUUUAUCAGCUGGAACUUACUAUCAUUUGAUAUCAGAGAAUUCGAUAAAUCUCGUAUUUCGAACUUACUUGUUUCAUUAUCCAAUAAUUGUUUGGCUGGAGUUCUAUUGAUAAUCUUCUUCAGGAUUGCUUUAAAGUUUUUAAGGGGAUUCAAAAUAGGUCUUAUCACUGAUUUGGUCAACUUGUUAACGUUAUUCUUAAUAAACCAAACAAAAAUUGAAUUGGUUCCAAUGUUUUUGAUAUUUUUUAUUAUUAAGCAUCACUUCAGCAAAAUUCUUCUUAGCUACAGGGAAAACUACACACAAUUAGACCAGUUGGUAUUUAUAGUAAGCCUGUUCAGCUUUCUAAUCUCAAACUUGACCUUCUUCUCCAUGGGUGGUACGAACCUGUUGGCAACUGUUGAUCUAUCUAAUGCUUACAACGGUAUUAAAUCUUAUCAACUCGAAAAAGUUAGUGCAUUGACUUUCAUAUCAAAUUUUAGUGGACCAAUUUUCUGGUCAUUGUCUUCCAUUCAGUUAAUAUUUGAGACGAACUUGGUUAAUUUUCAAAUCAAAAACUUUGCUAGUGAUUUGAUCAAUUUGAAGGGGAUCAAAUUCAAACUCUUGAAUUUGAAAUUAUUGACUAACCUUUUGUUUUACUCUAUUUGUUGUACAAACUUGAUAUUUGCCUGCUAUAAUUUGAGAUUCCACUUAUUCAUAUGGACGGUUUUCCUGCCAAAACUUUUAUAUUUUGGUGUAUGGUUUGUUCUUCUCAAUACUUUUAUCGAAUUAGGUGUAUCAGGCAUUCUACUCGCAAUUACAUGA